AUGGAGAGGAGAAAGGCAGACAGACCUACUGUGUGCAAGAGAACAAGUCUCCUCUUCCUCCUCUUGUCUGUGCUCCACCUCUUCCUCCAGAUGUACUCUGUCGGGGAGCAAGGGCUGAUGGGAUACUGCCGGAGACCUUCCAACUGGCUGGAGGUCGUCCUGCAGACGGUGAUCGUGCUGCACUCCGUCCUGCGCGUCCGUCACUGCAGCGCUGUGAUGGAGGCUGCAGAGCUUCUGCAGAAUCAGAGCUACCAUGCACACGUGGACGUCAGGUUACUGGCUACUCAGGAACAAGUGAGAGACACACACAGGAAGAGACGAGUGAAGGCAGGAGAAAUAUGUCCGCACGCUGACUGGCGUUCUCCUCUUCCUCCUCGCAUGAAGACUUUGACAGUGAUGAAGGCGAGCAGGACUUUGGCUGCUCCUGCUGCAGUCUUCACUCGUUCACUCUGCAGCCUCUUUUGGCCAAUGAUUUCAGGAUUAAUCCUGCUGAUGGCAUUGUCCAGUGUGGGAAACCUGAUCUUCUGCCAGACCUCCUGGGUUUUCAGCUCCCUGCCUCACUCCCUGCAGACUGUGCUCUGUCACCUCUGGGGUUUCAAGUCUCUCAAGAUCCUCCUCAUUUCAGGGAAGGAUUUAAUCUACAAGGGAGCCACUCAUCUGUCCUCCACUACGGUGUGGACGUCUAUGGUGAUGGGUGUGGUGAUGUCAUGGGUCCAAAUCACUCAAAGAUCUCACAGCAGAAGGGAUGUCUUCACUUUAGCAGACUUAACUGGUUACAUCAGAUGGAGGCUUUCUGUGUUCACAGGCCUGAAGACACCAACAUGGUCUGAAAACCACAUGGAAACAAAGACAUAUUACCUGGAAGAGUUUGAAAGUUUAGUCGAUGAACUAUUGUUCAGACUCUGCGUUCUCAGCUCCUGCCACCCGCUGCCCCCCAGAGCCUAUUGCUACAGGAACAACAGUCCUCAUAUCGCACCAAGACUGGAGUCAUCCAAUGUAGACUCAGAGGUGAGACUCUGUCUGAACAUCGAUAUAAAGAUUUGA